AUGAAGCUGCUCGUGGUCAGUCUCUUUGGUUUAACUCCACUGUGAGUCAGUGACAGCAGGACUGUAUUUCAUCACUGUGAGCCAGAAGAGUUUAGCAAGGAGGAAAAGGAAGAGGUGGAGCUGUUUGUUUUUAAAAGCUCUUUAAGAGCACAAGAUAGAGACACAAUCAGACACAUCAGAAGAUCUCACUGUGUCUCUGACCGCUGAAGAAUGUACAGAUUCACAGGAGCGAGAGUUUUAUCAUCAGUGAAGAUGAUGAAGACCCUUCUCUUCUUCACAAUCUGCCUGAUUAAAGGUCACAUGGGUGAUGAUGCUGACGCUGUGACUGGCAUCUCAGGAGGAAGUGUCAUCAUCCACUGUGAAUAUAACCCUGAAACAACUAAAGAACAACGUGCAAAAAGCUUCUGCAAAGUGUCAGGCAGUGAAUGUACAACCAUGACAGAAGAAAAUAAUGAUUUAUGGAUCCCAGAAGAGAGAUUCUCUCUGACUGAUGAUAAAACUUGUUUGAUUAGUGUGCUCAUUAGAAAUCUGACUGUAAAUGACAGCGGGACGUACAGAUGUAAAGCUGACAGUAAAUCCAUUCAGGAGAAGAAAUUAGAAGUGACAGAAGAGUCGUGUUGUGGGACGUCAGAGGAACAGACUGCUUAUUUAGGAGGAACUGCUGUCAUCCGCUGUAGAUAUCCAGAGAAAUAUAACGAUCAUAUCAAGCAGCUGUUUAAACUCCAGAAUGGAUCACUGAUUGAUUUUAGCACACCUCGAGGUGCAAUCGAUCCUAGAUUUUCUCUGAAUGAGAACAAACAGGAGCAAGUCUUUACUGUGACUAUCGUGAACGUGAGCAGACAUGAUGAUGGGGUUUAUUUCUGUGGAGCACGUGUCACAAACAAUCCUACAAAGAUCGGCUACAGUCCACUUUUCACAGAGAUUCAGCUUCAUGUCACAGAUCAAGAGCAAAGAGAUCCUUCAGUCCUGUCUGAUCUCAACGUCAUCAUCAUUACAGUGUGUGUGUGUUUGGUUGUGGUGUUAGCCGGAGGACUGAGUGUGUUGUUGCUCAAGCGGAGGUGUAAGAAAACACAAGGCUCAGGCUCGUCAGAUCAGAGGAGCACAGGAGAUAAUGAUGAGGAAGUUUCAUCUGUUUAUUAUGCAACGAUCACAGCCUCUGGAAACACAUCAUUAGACACAUCUGCUCAGGAAACUCUCCGAUUAAACACAGUUUAUGACACGGCACAUUUACCCACAAACCCCUCUGACAGUGACUUCUACUCAUUGGCUGAACAGCCCAAAAUAUGACUUUAUAUGAAUACUGUUUGUAACUAUUUUGCCAGUGUUUUUUUUUUUUUUUUUUUUUUGUAAUUACGGAUGUUCUGUUUGGUUCAAUAAAAUAAUCAACAGUGCUCCACUGUCAUAUAAAUGUAUUGGUAUGAAAAUCUACACAGUAAGAUCAAAUUGUCCAAAUCUCAGUUUAUUGGCUCUUUAAAGAGCGCAGAAUUUACAUUAUUUUAAAGACAUUAAUUUUGAAACCAAGUCAUUCACUGAAGACCUUAGCUUGGAUUCAUAAAAAAAGGACUGUUUGGGGGAAACAAUAAAAGAAACACAUACAUUUUUGUUUCCCUUUUUGACACAUAUUAACCAGAAAAGCUGAACAAAUGAAUGUGCAUUUGGGUUUUAUGUUAAAGUAACUGAAGAAGGCUCAUCCUCUCAUUAUGGGCUCUAAUGUCAUUAUUAGAUCAUACUGACACCAAGGUGUCACAUGCAGGUUACACACUGUCCAAUAUGAACGAUGCCUGUU